UGCACGGCGUUCGACAUCCCUUCCAGCGGGUGUCGGUUGUGCGCAGCGACGUCCGCACGGACACUUCGCCCUAACGGCUUCUUUGUGAGCCCCGCCACCGCCAACCCCACUCAUCAGUUGAGAGAAGAUGGUGGGCCGGAACAGCGCCAUUGCCGCUGGGGUCUGCGGGGCUCUUUUCAUCGGGUACUGCAUUUACUUUGACCGCAAGAGGCGGAGUGACCCCAACUUCAAGAACAGGUUGCGAGAACGAAGGAAGAAACAAAAGCUUGCCAAGGAGAGAGCUGGGCUUUCCAAGUUACCAGACCUUAAAGAUGCUGAAGCUGUUCAGAAAUUCUUCCUUGAAGAAAUACAGCUUGGUGAAGAGUUACUAGCCCAAGGUGAAUAUGAGAAGGGUGUUGACCACCUGACAAAUGCAAUUGCUGUAUGUGGACAGCCACAGCAGUUACUGCAGGUGUUACAGCAAACUCUUCCACCACCAGUGUUCCAGAUGCUUCUGACUAAGCUUCCAACAAUUAGUCAGAGAAUUGUAAGUGCUCAGAGCUUGGCUGAAGAUGAUGUGGAAUGAGAAACAUAUCAGUGUAAUAAUCUCAAAAAUAUUUUUAGAAUCUUGGAAGAUAAGCAGCUCUGGGGGACUAAGGGCAAAUAUGCUUGUUGUGAACUGUCCUACACUGAAAUCUACCAAAGUUAAUUUUUACUUUGUGUAGAUUUAUGCAUCUGUUUUAUUUAUUUUUCCCAGUGAAAAGUGUAUUUUGAUAGAGAGCUUUUCAUUUUAUAAAUACACUAUGAAUUAUCAAAUUAUCAUGCAUUUUGUUUAUUCCUAAUAUGUGCAAUUAAAAUGUACAUAUAACAUCACAUUACUUAACAUUGAAAAUACCAAGUGCUCAGUUUGAAACAGGCCAAAAAAUGUAGGAGAAAUCAGAAGAGCACAUAUUUUUUGAACUAGUGCAUUUUGCUCUACAUCCAAAAAUUAGAUGGAAACUGGAUUGUGUUUAUGAAAACUGAGCAUUAAAACCUUUGAGAGACCAUUUCUUUCCAUUUAAAUUUAUUAAAUUUAUGCGAGGUAUGCUUCUGUGCUGUGUUAACAGCUUCACCCCCUCCCUGUGUAUCAGUCUUGAAAUGUUUUGUCUAAAUCAGUGGGCUUAAUAUGUUCUGGAUAUUUAUCUCCUUGUAUUUUAGAUGUAUGUAGUUGCAAAUAGCACCAGGAAAUAGAUCUAUGUACACCCCUAAUCUAGCUGUUUGAGUUUCACCAGUUAAAGUCUGCCCACUUUCUUGAUUUUUAAAAUGAGGGAAUUGGUCUGCUAAUUCAGAGAAGUGUCCCUUUGAGCUUCUAAUUCAUUUCAUUCUCUUCAGCAUUCUCAGAUCUACCUUCUGAAGGAUAUGUUUGUUUGGGCAACCAGGACUUGCAUUUUUUUUUCUAAUACUCUAUUUUGCAUGCUUGCCUGACUUAAGUGUUUCUGAAUUGAGUAUUUUUUUAAGGUAUAAUUUGUAUUAAUUUUCACUGAAAUCAUACGAUUUUGUCACUAUUGUAAGUUAAUCUGAAACUUAACCUUUAAGGUAAUAUUGGGAUGAUAUGCUUGUUCUCCUUUGUUUUUUGUCCUCAGUGUACCUCCUUAACCCUCCUUCAAUCUGAUUUAUUUAUCUUGUUAUAAUGAGAAUAUGGGGUAACCUGGCUGAAGACUUGCAAAAAUGCAGGCAGUGGAACCCCUUAUUCUUAAAGUGAUGGAGUAUUCAAUAUCAGACCUGUGAAUAAAGAUCCUUGAUACUUUAUGUCA